AUUUGACAUAUUUAAAUUUUAGAUAGUGAAGAAAGAGUGAUGGAAGCAUUUAUUAGAAAUGCUGUGGAGCCUGUUAUAUUGACUGCUUUACAUCCUCGUACAUCUAUAAAUAUCAUCAUUCAAGAAAUACAAGAUGCUGGAAAUAUGUUAGCAUGUAGUAUAAAUGCUGCAUGCAUGGCAUUAUUAGAUGCUGGAAUUGCACUGAAAGGAGUUGUUGCUGCAGUUUGUAUUGCAAGCAUGGAAGACAAGUUAAUCCCAUUUCCAUCUGCGAAAGAAAUAAAAGUAGCUAAAGCAUUUACAACGAUAUGUUGCAACAGCAUCAGCAAAAGUGUUGCAAUACAAAGUACUGCUUUUAUGUCAACAGAUGAACUACAGAAAAGUCUAGAAAUUGCAAGAAAAAGUGCAGAUGAUAUAUUUCAGUUUUAUAGAACUUCAGCAAAAAAAAGGUAUCAACACAGAAUAAAAACUUAAAACAUUGUAUAAAUGUUAUUUUUAGCUUUCUUUUUUCUUAUGAUAUUGGAAAUAAAUUUUUAAUUCUGUAUAGCCACCAAAAACAUAUACUGCACAACAUAUUUUAUUUUUGAAAAAAAUUAAGAAAUAUAUCUUUAUAAAAA